AUGAAGUUCACUUUCGCUGCCAUUGUCCCAUUCAUGGCAAUCUUCGCCGCCGCCUCGCCCAUCGAGGCUCGCGCGUGGAGUCAAGUCACCGUUGCACUGUCUAAUGACCAGUCUGGGGCGUAUUCGGGUGUAGCAUUCCUCGCAGAUGGUACCGAUAAGAGUAUUUUGUCACUCUUUGGAAGCACUUCUGUCGGAAAUGGUGGCAUCGUUAAGGCCAAUGCUGCCCAGCUUACUGCCUUCCCACAAUCGAUCAGUUGUGUCAUCAAGAAUAACGGUGCUGUCAUUGGUACCUUGACUGCUCAGCAUACCUAUGCUGAUAUUGAUGGAAAUCCCAAUGCCGUCGUUCCAAUCAAUCUGAACAAUGCUCAGGUCAACUGCCACGCCUGA